GGGAUGGAGGGCGCCACCCUUCCUUCGGCCAGGGGUGGGGACGGGGGGCUCCGGAGCCAAUGGAGAGAAGGGCAGGGCCGAGCUGGGCCGGGCAGGGCCGAGCCGAGCCGAGCCGGGCCGAGCGCAGUUCGUGGCUGUGUCCCUCCUGAGUGAGUGCUCCCUGGGAAAGUGACGAUGAUCACAUUCAUGAACAACUCAGACAGUGAGGAUGAGACCUGUAAUGAGAGAACAUCUCUGAUGUCUGCAGAGAGCCCUCCAAUACCUUCCUACCAAGAUGGCUUGCAAGCCUCAGAAGCAGGGGAAGUGCAAAUACAUAGGAAGAGGCACACAGGUAGCAGCUGCAGCCCUAACAAUGUUGCUGAUGGGGAUAUGUCUGACUCGGGUGUUCGAGCAAGAGGGAGUGCCUUGGAAAAUGAAGAUGAGGAACUGACGCUGAAAUAUGGAGCAAAGCAUGUAAUCAUGCUCUUUGUGCCUGUCACCCUUUGUAUGGUUGUUGUCGUCGCCACCAUAAAGUCAGUGCGCUUCUAUACGGAGAAAAACGGGCAGCUGAUCUACACUCCCUUCAGUGAGGAUACCCCAUCUGUGGGCCAGCGUCUCUUGAACUCGGUGUUGAACACCAUCAUAAUGAUCAGCGUCAUUGUUGUAAUGACCGUCUUCCUAGUUGUUCUUUAUAAAUACCGCUGCUACAAGUUCAUCCAUGGAUGGCUAAUCCUGUCCUCUUUGAUGUUGCUAUUUCUCUUCACCUACAUAUAUCUCGGUGAAGUAUUGAAGACGUACAAUGUGGCCAUGGAUUACCCCACGCUCAUUUUAGUCAUCUGGAAUUUUGGAGCUGUUGGGAUGAUUUGCAUCCACUGGAAAGGCCCCCUGCAGCUCCAGCAAGCAUACCUCAUUAUGAUCAGUGCUCUGAUGGCACUGGUUUUCAUUAAGUAUCUACCUGAGUGGUCGGCAUGGGUGAUUCUAGGUGCAAUCUCCAUCUAUGAUCUGAUGGCUGUUCUCUGCCCUAAGGGGCCACUGAGAAUGCUGGUAGAAACUGCACAGGAGAGAAAUGAGCCCAUUUUUCCUGCAUUGAUAUAUUCCUCUGCUAUGAUAUGGACAGUUGGAAUGGCAAAGCCAGACACAGCAGCAAGAGGACCAAGUCAGCAGACAUGGGAUGCAGCCGAAGAUGGGAGAGAGCACCACAGUAGCCCUUCACACUCAGACUCUCAGAUUUUGGAGACAAGGAGUCCUGUUCCAAGCCACCCCAUCGCUUCUUUAGAGGAACUGGAGGAGGAGGAAAGGGGUGUGAAGCUGGGCCUUGGAGACUUCAUAUUUUACAGUGUUCUUGUUGGGAAAGCAGCUGCCACACCUAGCGGAGACUGGAAUACUACACUAGCCUGCUUUGUAGCCAUUCUUAUAGGUUUAUGUUUAACUCUUUUAUUACUGGCUGUUUUUAAGAAAGCAUUGCCUGCUCUUCCCAUCUCCAUCACCUUUGGCUUGAUCUUUUACUUCUCGACAGACAACCUUGUGCGACCAUUCAUGGACACCCUGGCCUCCCACCAGCUGUAUAUUUAGAAGAAGAGGGAGUUGGAGGAUUCUUUUUAAAGCUUUUCUGUGAAGUACGGUACACUGUUUGGAAUAAGUCAUAACAUUUUACACCUAGUGCCAUAUACUUGUAAAGAAAGCAAUAACUGUGACAUGAUGCAUACUAAAAUCCUAGUUACAUGUUAAGCUGAGAUUUUUCACAGGACUGCUAAUGCUUGGACUCCAGUGAAAAGCCUAGCUCACUGCUGAGGUCAGAGUUAAAUAACUUGUAUGUUAUUUAAUGUUCAUGCAGGCACUUGUGAGCAAGGAAGCCUGUAUGUAGUGUGGGGCACUGGAGAGAUGAAGGGUCUGAUCUGUGCUUCCAGAAACUCAGGCAUUUUAGCUGUGGAAUUGCAGACAAGUUUAACCGUACUCUGAAAUUGUUGACACUUCACACUUUUGAAGUGUUGUGCAAACGUGAAGUGAAAUUCAGUCAUACUUGCAAUUAGAAAAGCACAGCAGUCAGUAUGCAGAGAACAGAGUACUGUUACACCUAGUUGUGAGCAUUAGACAGAUGCGUAAGGCUGAACUUCAUAAGCUGGCCUCUGUUUGUACAAUUUCUGUUGAAAUUGCUCCAAAUGUCUGUUUAUUCUGAUCCUAGUAAGACAUAGCCAUGAUGGAUCUAGACAGCAUGUCACUGGUAGGACGUUUGAACAUGCUUAAUGUUCAAACAGGCAUCAUUAAUGCUGGAAAUAUUUACACAGCAUUAAGUGACUUCAUAACAACAAAAAAAAAUCACACUGUUGUCAGUAAAAACAAACAAAACAAAAAAAAAUCUGACUUCACCUUGCUGUUAAAUGUAUUUAAUCACACUUUUCUUACGCAUUUUAAAAGUGUUUUAUUUCUUUUUAUGUCAGUUUCUUAGAAGUAGACAAAUUUUGUAUUUUUUUUCUUUUUAGGUGUGUAUAAUAGACAAACUAGCUCUGUUUUCUCAGCUGAUCAGUAUCAGUGUUUCAAAAUAUAACAUAGUGUUUUGUGAACAAUGCAAUGUCAUGGGGAGAUGGAGAACUUCAUGUCUGAAGCUACUUUUUAAAUAACACUUUGAACUAUGCCUUUUUAAGAUAGUGGUUUUUCCAAUAGACUUGUUUAAGCUAAUCUACUUUGAUAUUUAACAAGGACAUCACGUAGGUGCUUCAAACAAAUUUAAAAAAAAACACAAGCUUUUUAUGAGUUGUAUGUGUCUCUGGACAAAUAAUUUUUGCUCUUUUAGUUUUCUGUUCUUAUUUCUUAAAUUUGCAAUGUUUGAAUUUAAAAACUGCAGGCAGAGAGUUAAUUAUUACUGAUAGCUCUAGUAGUUUACAUUUAAAAAAAACUAUCUGCUGUUUUUUUUAAGGUUUAUGGGAAAGUUGUGUGUGUUUGUUACGGUGCCAAAUCAUAAUACAAUCACUUGCAAUCAUGAUUUUAUUUUUUAGACUGCAUGGUUUAGAGUGGAUGUUAAAUAUUUAUAUGUACUAGAAGAAAUGUCCUGCUUAUCUUAACAGGGUUGUAGUAUAUUGUUUAAAAAGAUUUAUUUUUAUGGACAUACAGUUGAUAUGUGGAGGAAAUGGGGGCGGGGAGGGAUCUUUCAAUUAUUGAAGGAUUAUUAAAGGUCCUUCAGUUUUUUGUAGAUUUGUGCUUGCCAAAGAUUGGCCUCUUACUGAUCAAAUUCUGCAUAACUUAUAAAAAAAAAAAAAUUUUACAAGGUAACUGAGCAGUGUAUUCUGUCAGUGCAACAAAAUAUGUUGUCCUGGUGAGUGAUAGGAGUAUAUUGUAUAAAAACUGGAGUGGUUGAAUUGUGUAAAAGUUUAAAUGUAUUUACUACUAGCAUAUAUAUUCACCUUGAUGCACCUCGUGUGUGAAUGUGUGUAUACACACAAGUUUUAAAACAAUAUUGAGUGAUUUCUCAUCUCAUUGGA